GCGCCCCGCGCCGCAGCAUGUCGGGCUCGCGCUGCCAGACGCUGUACCCCUUCUCCGGGGAGCGGCACCGCCAGGGCCUGCGCUUCGCGGCGGGGGAGCUGAUCACGGUGCUGCAGGUGCCCGACGGCGGCUGGUGGGAAGGGCAGAAGGAGGACGGGCUGCGCGGCUGGUUCCCCGCCAGCUACGUGCAGCUGCUGGAGAAGCCCAGGAAAGUCACUACUCAGUCAGGAGAAGAUUCUUUGAACUGUCCUCUCCCUCCAGGCUGGCAGAGCUACAUGUCUCCCCAGGGCCGCAAGUAUUAUGUGAACACCUUCACCAAUGAAACCACCUGGGAGCGGCCAAGCAGCGUGCCUGGGACCCCCAAGACCCCUGUGACACAGAAGAGUCCUCUGCCUGCAGUGAAUGGAUAUCACACCCCCCUGACCCCAGCACAUCAACUGGAGCCUGGUCAUAUGAGCCUCAGAAAAAUCGGCAGAGACCCCCAGAGCCCGGGCUCGCCCUCGCCCUCGCCGCCGCGGAGACAGACCAGGGACGGGCCUGUGACGAUAAAUUGUGUCACUUUUCCCCAUCCGGACACAAUGCCAGAACAACAGUUGCUGAAACCCUCUGAAUGGAGCUACUGUGAUUAUUUCUGGGCUGAUAAAAAGGAUUCACAAGGGAACAACACUGUUCCAGGGUUUGAAAUUCUUCUUCAAAAGCAACUUAAGGGGAAACAAAUGCAGAAAGAAAUGGCAGAGUUCAUUCGAGAAAGAAUAAAGAUUGAAGAGGAAUAUGCCAAGAAUUUGUCAAAACUCUCUCAGAACUCUUUGGCUGCUCAGGAAGAAGGCACCCUUGGAGAGGCCUGGGCUCAACUAAAGAAAAGUCUGGCUGAUGAAGCAGAAGUUCAUCUCAAAUUUUCCUCUAAGCUCCAGAGUGAGGUAGAGAAACCACUGCUCAACUUCAGAGAAAACUUCAAGAAAGACAUGAAGAAAUGUGACCAUCACAUUGCAGAUUUACGGAAGCAGCUGGCUAGUCGUUAUGCAGCAGUAGAGAAGGCCCGAAAAGCUCUAACUGAGAGGCAGAAGGAUCUGGAAAUGAAAACCCAGCAAUUGGAGACAAAGCUCAGCAAUAAGACAGAAGAGGAAAUUAAGAAAGCAAGGAGAAAGUCCACACAGGCUGGAGAUGAUUUGAUGCGUUGUGUGGAUCUUUAUAAUCAAGCUCAAUCCAAGUGGUUUGAAGAAAUGGUGACUACUACUCUGGAGCUCGAGAGGCUAGAGGUGGAAAGGGUGGAAACAAUUAGACAGCACCUUUGCCAAUAUACACAGCUGCGACAUGAGACAGACAUGUUCAACCAAAGUACCGUAGAACCCGUGGAUCAGUUGCUUCGGAACGUGGAUCCUGCCAAAGACAGAGAACUGUGGGUAAAAGAACACAAGACUGGAGAUAUCAGACCAGUGGAUAUGGAAAUAUAGACUGAUUUGAUUAGUGUUGUUUAACAGGUCUGCUUGUAUAGCCAGAUUAUUGGAUUCUUUAAAGUGUCAGAAGAGAUACAAGAGUGGAAAAGGGUCAUUCCCCUACCAGUUACCUUGUAUUUAUGCCCGUAGGGACCAUCUUUGUUACAUUUGACCAUUAAAUCAGUUCUCAUUGUAAGGAGCCUUAAGUAUCAAGCAUUCCAGGGUUAAGAAGCCAGAGAUAUCAAUACAUUCUAUCAAAUGCUGCCAUCUGUCAGUGAUAUGCUGCUUUCAGAAGAAAUUGAGGACUCUUUUCUGGCACUGAGAGGGCUCUGUUCUCUGGUGAUUUUGUGCUGUGCCCAUUGCAUGACUUUUUUUAUGUAGUAUGUUAGAACAGCCAUGCAACAAGCCACUACCAAAUAAGCAGACUAAUGAUUCACACAUAAUGCAGGAGGUAUAGAGGUCCUAAACAAAGAAUCCCAGCUCUGCCACUGACUGGCUGCAUAGCUUUGGGUGUGUCACUUAUUUUUUCUGGCUCCUCCAAUUUAUAAAAAGCAGCUCUUAAUACUUACCUACCUCACAGGAGUGUUGUGAGGAUAUACCAGCUUUAUAUACUACAUUUUGUUACAAGUUCCUUGCUACUCCAAGAACUCUGAAUACAGUGAGAUGGUGGGACCACUGAAAAAAGUAACUGAGUAAGGUCAUCCCAUUCAGGCCCUUCCUUUUUAUACUCCCUCUCAGGGUUCCAUUAUCAUCAGCAUUUCUAUUAUAGGCUAAUAGAAAAUGAGGCUGAAAGGAAUGUCUUGCAACAUCUAGUUACUAGGAAGGACUUUGGUUGUGCUAUAGCUACCUCAUUAGGUGUCUGAGUGGCCUCACUGACAGAAAGAAUAUCUGCCAUUGAACAAAUUAGAUCUUCAAGUCCACGCCUGCCUAUGCAGGAUGAUUUUCUAGACUAUCUGUUUUCAAAGAAUUUUUUUAGCACUCUCGUCAAUCAAAUAGAUGCAAAUUUCAGUUGACCUACGUUUUAUUUCCUCCACAUAACUUACAGUUUGGAGGCUUUGGGAUAUUCACUCCCCCAUUUGGUGUUUACACACCUUAGAUAUCCACAGACAAUUAGCAGGUCUUCAUUGUUCGAGGUAAUGUCACUAAUCUAUAUCUUUUAAAGACCAGUUUUCAGAGACAUCAAAUAUUUACAAUUUCCAUCGACUUCAAAUGCAGUUGAAGCCCCAGCAUUUCAGAAAAAUCAAUUGCUUAACCAUUCCUCAUAAAUAUAGUUCUGUGUCCAGUUUUAUCUGUCCUCUCUGAGUUCUGUCUGUCAGAACUAGAUACAGCUACUCCUCGCUUAACAUUAUAGUCAUGUUCUUGAAACAUGCGACUUUGAGUGAAACGAUGUUAAGCGAAUCCAGUUACAUCACAGUAAUCACCUACUAGCAGGUGGUGGCCAAACAAUGUUAUAACAAUGUUGCGUGACUUUAAACGAGUAUUUUCUCUAAUAGAUCAACGACAUAAUGAUGAAACAACAUUAACCAGAAUGACGUUAAGUGAGGAGUACCUGUACAGAGCUCACCAAUUCCUUUGAUACAUAUAGCUCUUCAAUGUAAUUUUUGAAUAGCAGGGCUUUUUUUCCCCCUCUCAUUUUAGGCACAAAGGACUGAAAGUGGCCUGUUCAGUGCACCUCAGUCAGAAACCCCUAAACUCAGUUGUGACCAAUGCCAAAAUCUGACAGAGAAAAGUUGAAACAACAAACCAGUAGCUUUCAUGAAGGGGGCGGGGGUUAUUCUUUCUUGGCCUCACUGGUGACCAGCAAAAGCCUUGAAGUAUGGGAUUGCCAGACACCAACCACACUACAAGAGAGUAACCUAUAUACUCCAAAAGAGGGAUUACAUGUAUAUAAUUCCAUGUAUCAUACACAGACCUCUUUAUCAACAAUGAAUGUGUACCAUCACAGCAUCACUUCUGGAAGCUCACUUAGUUCAAAAUUAAAAUGAUUCAGGUUCUUUGCACACACCACUUGGCAUGGAAGAUCAUUUUAAAACUUUACACCUCGGUGGUUUGAAAUCUUUUUUAAAUUUCCAAUCUAAAUUUAUCCACAGCCAGUUUGUAGCCAUUUGAUCUUGUGCUAGUGUUGUUUUUCAACAUAAAAAUCAUUUCUCCCUCUCUACCAUUCACCAGAUAAAAGUUCUGGUAAAUGGGUAAUGAUAUCAUUUUAUUUGUCUUGUUAAGCUUUGCAGUUUACACCUUCACUUUGCCUGAGAAAGAAAUCUUGGUUUUCACUCUUCACUUCCCUGGCACCUAAACACUGCAGUCUUUUAUUGCUACCACUAUUUUGCUUUUUUUAUCCAGGAUUCUUAAUGUACUAUAUCAAGAUGGCUAAGAAUUAUGAUCAAGAUUUUACAAAUAGGGAAACUAUCAGAAACUUUGAGAAGAGCUUCUAAAAUCAUUGCAUUCCAAGUGCUGCUGCAAUGAUUGAGUUCACAGCUUAUUACAAACAUGUCAGUUCUCCACUACAAGCUCUCCAUUCACCAUCACCUCCAUGCCACUAUAUUUUUCAAAGGAGAAUGCCUCCAUAAAAACCUUUAGUGUCAUCAUGCUGUCCCCCCUCAAAAUGUCUCACUAUAAGUUGCUUUUUCCUGAUGCCUACAAAUAGCUUGACUGUGGCCAGGCAAAUGGUAUGUUGUGAUUGUUACUUUUCACUAAAGAUUUGAUUCAUCUGAGUUGUGAGUUGUUUGACUCUAAGGCCAUUGUUUUGUUCAGUGUGUAUGCACUAUUUAGUGGUACUUUAAACUCUGCCACUGCCAUUCAGAUGGCAAGCAGCCUACAGAUAGGCCACUGAAACAUUGGAGCACAGGCAGACUAGAACCAAGGUAUACAGAUUCCACUUUCACUUUAAGUGUUAUAUCAUUUUCUGUUAAUACACUUUUCCUGUUCUUCCCCAUUUAACACUCCCAGUCCUAUAGUUUGCUUGGGUUCAUUAUUAUAUGGGGGGGUUGGUAUUGCAGUGCUUCUCUCUGAUAUCUUUCCCAGUACCGUGGGUGACAGCCCUGUAAAAUAUAGAAUGUAUAGUGACAUUUUUAAUGAAUGUCUUCACAUUUUCACAGUCUUCACUUCUGAAGAGUGUCUUCACUCUUCACAUUUUAUAGAAUGUGUACUGACAAUUUCCAAGAGCACAUUAGGCACAUGGAGCCUAAAUCUCUUUGAAAGUCAGUUCUGUCUAUUGGCACAAUAUUGGCUUUUUUCUAGGCUUCUAAUAUCAUCUCAGUUUUUCAGGAUUUGUCACAGAUUAAAAACAAGAUUCUGGAGAGCUCCUUGUCCAGGUCUUUCAAGACUUCCAGGUACAGAUUAUCAGUCCUGUAGGAUUUGUGUAACGUUAUUUAGUUCUCAGCAUCAUUUCUCCGUGUUAUGUGAAAUUUCAAGACGUAAUGUCCAACUUCAGUUUAAAAAACAGAUCAGAACUAUUAAUUGAGCACUCUGCUGUUUCUGCAUCAUUAUUUACUAUUUUAUAAUUACAACCUAUUAAUGGAACCUACUAUACUGGAAGUAAACUAAUUAAAAAUAUUUUUUCUUAUCCCUGUUGACCAUAGGCUUUUCAGUGAAUCCUGUAGUCUUCCAUAGUAAUUACCUGUAUUUCUUAACUUGUAAAACAUUUAUAUUAAUUCCUAUCAACUUUCUCCAUUAUCUUUUUCCUUUUUAAAUGCAUUGAUUUUUUAUUUUUUAAUUAUUUUUCACAUCUUUUUGGAGGGUGUUUUUAGCUGAAAUAGUCCUGUCUUUUGACUACACAGAAUUAUGAAUUUGAGAAUAACUAGUAAGUUAUUCUUAACUCUUAAUUUUAAUUCAUAUUUUCCAAUUUGUACUGGAGUACUGUGUCCAGUUUUGGGCUCCACAAUUCAAAAAGGAUGUGGAAAAGCUUGAGAGAGUCCAGAGAAGAGCCACGCGCAUGAUCAGAGGUCAGAAAAACAAACCUUACGAUGACAGGCUGAGAGCUAUGGGACUCUUCAGCCUGGAAAACCACAGGCUCAGGGGUGACCUGAUGGCCACCUAUAAGUUUAUCAGGGGUGCUUACCAGGAUCUGGGGGAACAAUUGUUCACCAGAGCCCCCCAAGGGAUGACAAGGUCAAACGGUUAUAAACUACUGCAAGACCGUUUCAGGCUGGACAUAAGGAAGAAUUUGUUUACUGUCCAAACCCCCAAGGUCUGGAAUAGCCUGCCGCCGGUUGUAGUUCAAGCACCUACUCUGAAUGCCUUCAAGGUAAAUUUGGAUGCAUAUCUUGCUGGGAUCCUAUGACCCUGGCUGACUUCCUGCCCCUUGGUCAGGCGACUGUACUCGAUGAUCUUCCGAGGUCCCUUCCAGCCCUAAUGUCUAUGAAAUCUAUGAAAUUUAUUUUUUUUCUUAAUUUUACAUUGCAGAUAUUGACCCUUUUAAAAUUCUAAGAGAGAGUGAGUGUGUGUGCGUGCAUGUGUGUGCAUGUGCAUGCACACACACAAUGUACAAGAGGCAAGGAUUUUUGGUGGUAUCUUCUGUUUGACCAACAGUGUAGCUGGGAGAGAUGUCCAACAAGCUUUUGGGCAUCCAGGGCCCUUCCUCAGAUGAUCUGAAAACUCAUCCAACCAUUCUCUCAACUAUAUAGUUGAUCUAAUAAAAGAUAUCACUAAAAAUCCUUGCCUCAGACGUUUUCUGGAGCAUCAAAGCUACAACACUUCAACUCAAACACACAUUUGUACACACACACACACACACAAAAUAUUUACAUAUAAGCUGUGGCACUUAGGUACCUAACAGAUGGAACAAGAUCUGGCCCCUUGUGUCCAACUGACUGUUACUCUCAUGUAUUCUGUAGCCAUUCUCCUCAGACUGAUUGUCCUCUGUUCUGCAUUAUGUAUAUUCCCCUUUGAAAAACAUGGCAGAAAUAAUCUCAUUCACUGUUACUCCACUCACACCCUCAACCCUUCAUUUCUCCUCAGUUUGCAACAGCCCAUUCAUCUUUACUUCCAUUAGCAAGUUCAGUUUUUCCAAGUUGUUCCUCUGUCUGCCACAGGAAACAAAACAGUUUGCUGGUCAUGCAGAAUGAGGCUUUAUCAGUUUUCAUACCAAGAAAGAACGUUAUGGGUGUAAUUAUGUUUCCCUUUGCAGUGGAAAAGUUUUGUUUUGUUGGGAGUGAUGGUGCCUCCUCUCUUUCAGGGCAGCAUUCAUAAACUGAGGCACUUCCUCUGGCUUAUAUUCUUCCUACUGGCUCUCACAUACUUCCAAGUGUACCCCCCAUUCUUAGCUGCCCAGGAGGCCAGAAACAGCACUGAAAAAUGCCUGACCUAUGCUGUGCUGUUUCAAGUACUGUGCUAGAAGUCAGAGAAAUGCAGGUGUAAACCUCCUCUAGAUAUGCUGGGCACAGAACCCAAUUUUUCUGAUUUCUGUGCGAGUGCCCUCUAACCCUUCAGCUUUUGAGACUAAAGUACUGGAGGGGCCCACCCCUUCCUUCUCUGGAGUCUAACAGCCUCUAACCAUGGGUUUUUGGCCACCUAUAUUUUCAUGCCAUAGACACUGGGAUGUGUUCAUAACAGGUGUGUAUAUGUAGGUCCAUUUAAAUCUGCAGGUCCAGAUGCCCUCCACCCAAGGGUGUUGAGGGAACUGGCAGGGUCAUCGUGGAGCCCUUGGCCCAGCUAUAUGAGCAUUCAUGGUCAUCUGGCCAGGUGCUGGGGGAUUGGAAACUGGCUAAUGUGGUCCCAAUUUUCAAGAAAGGGAGGAAGGAGGACCCAAGUAACUAUAGGCCUGUAAGCCUCACCUCGGUGCUCGGGAAGAUCUUGGAGAGAAUUAUCAAGGAGCACAUCUGUGGGGGGCCUGCAGGGGAGAUCAUGCUCAGGGGCAAUCAGCAUGGGUGCAUCAAAGGCAGGUCCUGCCUGAUCAACCUGAUUGCCUUUUAUGACCAAGUAACUAAAUCCUUGGAUGACGGCGUCACCGUGGAUGUAGUCUUUCUAGACUUUAAGAUGGCCUUUGACACUGUCUCUCACCCCAUCCUCAUCAAUAAAUUAAGUAACUGUGGCAUUGAUGCCUACACAGUUGGAUGGAUGGGUAAAAAAUUGGCUGAUGGGGCACACCCAGAGAGUAGUGGUGGACGGGUUGUACUCAGCCUGGCGAGAUGUGAGCAGUGGGGUACCCCCGGGCUUGGUCCUCGGGCCCGCACUGUUUAACAUCUUCAUCAGCGACUUGGAUGAGGGGGUGAAAAGCAUGCUGUCCAAGUUUGCUGAUGACACUAAGAUGUGGGGCGAGGUGGACACACUUGAAGGGAGAGAGAGGCUGCAACUAGAUUUAGACAGACUACAAAAGUGGGCAGACGAGAAUAGGAUGGGGUUGAAUGUAGACAAAUGGAGGGUGCUGCACCUUGGGAGAAGGAAUCCACAGCAUACAUACAGGCUGGGGAGUUCCCUUCUUGAAAGCACAGAGGCGGAAAGGGAUCUUGGAGUCAUUAUUGACUCCAAGAUGAAUAUGAGCUGACAAUGCCAGACCGCAGCCAGCAAGGCCAGCCAUACCUUGUCAUGCAUCCAAAGAUGCAUCUUAGGCCGGUCCAGAGAAGUGAUACUCCCCCUCUAUGUGACUUUGGUCAGGCCGCAAUUGGAGUACUGCAUCCAGUACUGGGCACCGCACUUCAAAAGGGAUGUGGCCAACCUGGAGAGGGUUCAGAGGAGGGCCACCUGCUUGGUGAGAGGGCAGCAGGACAGGCCCUAUGAGGAGAGACCGAGGGACCUGAACCUGUUCAGCCUCAGCAAGAGGAGGCUGAGGGAGGAUCUGGUGGCUGCCUACAAACUCAUCAGGGGAGAUCAACAGCAAAUAGGUAGAGCCCAUUUCUCCCCAGCACCACCUGGGGUGACAAGGAACAAUGGUAAUAAGCUGAUGGAGAAUAGGUUUAGGUUAGAGAUCAGGAGGCAAUAUUUUACAGUUAGGGUGGCCAAAAUCGGAACCAACUUCCCAGGGAAGUGGUCCUCACCCCUACCUUGGGCAAAUCCAAGAGGUGGUUGGAUGAUCAUCUGUCUGGGGUCUUGUGAACCCAGCAUUCAUUCCUGCCUGUGGCAGGCGGUCAGGCUAGAUGAUCUGUUCAGGUCCCUCCUGACCCUAGCUACUAUGAAACUAUGUAGUUGCAUACAUGCCCAACCAGUGUGUAGCCUGCUGUGCAUGCCCAGUCUGCAUCUGCACAUUUACACAUACACAUUCCCAGAAAAAUAGAAGUGUUACCUCAGUGUAGGUGGCAUUUUUGAAACUUUGGUGGAUAAAAACCUUCCACUGAUAUACGCAAAGGGAAAUAGAAUUCAACCUUAUUUGUAUUCCACACUAGGCUGCAUUGCAUUCUUAGAUAGCUCUCGAUUUGUACAUCUUACCCUAAGCAAAGCCUUUUCUUUUUUGAGGCCUCUUUGUGAGCUUUUUUCCCCUUUUUUCUUAUAAUUUUAAAAACUUCCAGAAUCCACCCAUUAGCCACUUAUUUACUGUUCCUUGUUCAGCUGAAUGUGUUGAACUGUGGUUUUAAAAAACCGGCCAGAUCUGCACCUGCAACUGGCUGACAAAAUCCCAGGUGUUCUCAUAUAUGCUGAGCAUCCAGACAAGAUCUAUUUAGGGUGUCUAACCCGCUCCAAAGUACUCUUCUCCAUAGUCAACUUUUGGUUGCAGCCGUUCUGUUUAUGACUUUCUGCAGGCCUUCAGGAAUCUCUCCUUCAGGAAUGUCAUUCAACACUUGCUGGUGACAGCCUGAGAUCUUUAGAAGCUACGUUUACAAGUUCCUUGGAUUAAUCUUAAAAAGUAAUUGCAACAGGUGCAACCUGGAAUAAUCAUCUGCAGAAUUAGCUGUGUUCUGUUUAUUUUAGUAAAUUUCCUUUAUACAGACCUGACUGAGAACAGCUCUGGAGCAGCCAUAGAUCUCUUGCUGCUGAGUUGCAAUGUGCAAUGAAUGCUGAGAGCAAAGCAAUUUUAUAUUCCAGUAUAUAAAAAGGGAAGAGAUAAGUAAGGAGCCAGAUAACCUAGACAAAAAACAGUUAAGAGGAGGCACAAGGGAAACCUUAACCAUUAGGGCAAUCAGGUAUUUACUAUUACAAGAAGCAUUGAGAAUAAUCAGGAAAAUUGGAAUUCCCAGUAAAACCAUACAAUUUAUGUAGCUAGGAUAAUAGCGAGAUUAUGGAACAGUCCAAAUGACUGGUGUCUUGUCAUGGAUGGAUUUAACUUGUUAAGAAAGGACAAAUGAGGAAAAAGGUGAUGUGGCUCUUUUAUAAAAAGGAUGUACGCCUGUUCUGUGUGUGGUAUGAACUGGUUGACAGUAGGAGUGUAUGAAAUGGGCUGUAUUCGAUUCGGAUUUGGCCCAAAUCAGAGACAGUGAUUCAGUUCAUUUAUUCAGAUCACUGUCCCGAUUCGAUUCGGCUGAAUCCGAAUCUGAAGAUUCAGUGCUGAUUUGGAGAAUCAGCAAUUCAGCCAUAGACACAGCCAUAGAUACCCCACCCCCACCCCACCCCUGCACGCCCCCCGGGCUCAGUGAUCAGCCAAUGGGGGGGACCCCGGGUGCACCUCCAGACCCAGGAGGCACCAGUCGCCGGGGGGGGGGCAGUCCCCGAUGGACCCAGAAGUGGACCAGAAGUGCUUCUUGUCCACUUCCGGGUCCGCUGCCAAGUGUGCUGGGGACCUCCCCAUGCUCCCAUGGGACGCUCCAUCUACCCCACCAUCUCAGCAUUCACGAGCCGCCUGGUACCUUGAGGUAUGUAGAAAAAACAUUUAAAGCUGUGUCUAUGUCCAAAUCAUUGAAUCUCUCCAAAUCAAUUCUAGUGGGAUUAAAAGGUCUCCUGAUUUAUUUGGAUUCAGAGAUUUGGCUGCCAGAUCAGGCCAAAUCUCCACCAAAUUGAAUCAGCGACCAAAGCUUUGCACCACCCUAGUAAACGGUUCUCAUGAAAGCUUGUGGGUCCUGGUAAGAGGGGAAAACAGAAAGAGGGUGUAAUUAUUAGUGUCUGCUACCAAACUAGGAGGAAGAGGUGGAUGAAGCUAUUUUCAAACAACUUUCCAAAUAACUGAUCUGGUUCUCACUGGGGACUUCAGUUACUGUACAAUCUGCUAGGAAGGUAACGCUUCACAGCAGCAUACAGGUAGUCUAUGAAGGUUUUGGAGUGCCUGGAGGAUAAACUUCUGAUUCAGGUUAUAGUGUUGCCAAAUUGGAGAGGUGGGGGGAGCUCUGACUUGCUCUCAAACAGGAAGGAAUAAGUCAAGAAUAUGAAGUUUAAAGGCAACUUGGGUGACAGUGACCAUGAAAUGCUAGAGUUCAAGAUCCUAAGGAAAGGAAAUUAAGGAAGGAGAGCAGCAGAAUAAAGACAGUCUGGACUUCUGAAAGCAGGCUUGAACAAAAUCAGGGAACUUUCAGGGAGAAUGUCUGGGAGGAAAGUCUAAGGGGAAAAAUGUCCAGGAGAGUUGUUGGGGUUUAGGUUGUAGCCGUGUUGGUCUAAGGAUAUAGGCAGACAAGGUUUUUUGGGUGAAUUUGAUAUCUUUUAUUAGACCAACCCAAAUGGUUGGAGAAUAGUUAUUAAGCAAGCUUUCGGGUUCAAAAACCCUUCGUCAGGCUAAGGACGCUGCAGAAGUUGCUGCGUGCUCUUCCUGGAUGCAAUGAAAAGGAGAGUUGUUUGUACUGUAAGGAGUCCGUAUUAAGAACAGGCCAUCCCAGUGCAAAGAAAGUACAUGUAAUGCAGUAAGAGACUGGCUUGGCUAUACAGUGAAUUCUUCUUUGAGUUGUAUUGAAUUACUGGGGGGUUGUCUUAAAUUCAGAGUUGUUUUAGCUUCAAGUAAAUAUGGUACUUAGAGAAGCUGUGUGUGUUCAAGUACAGAGGGUCAGGCCAAGCAGGAUAUACUCUAGAGUACUCAAGUAAUUGGCUGAAGUAAUUUCAGAGCUUUGAAAACUCAUGGAGGUUGGGCAAGGUUCCAGAUAUCUGAAAAAAACCCAAUAUAGUGCCCAUCUUUAAGAAAGGGGAGGAGGAGGAGCCAAGGAAAUACCAGCUGACCUCUAUACCAGACUGUGAAGGAGGACAUCAAGGAAUCCAUUUCUAAGCAUCUUGUUCCAAAAUGAGAACAAGAUAAUCAGGGACUGAUUUGAUAAUCAGGGUACUGUGUCUAGUCUGGAGGACUGUAUUUCAAGGAAAUGUGCACAAAUUAGCCCGUCCAACAGAAAACACCAAAAAAUUAUUAGAGGUCUCGGAAUCAUGACUUGGGAGGAAAUGAUGAAAGAACUGGGAAUAUUCUGAACAAGAGAAGACUGAUGAGGGAUUUGAUCAUAGUCUUCAAAUACAUAAAGUGUGGUUAUACAGAGGAUGGUGAUAGACAUUUCUCUAUGGCUACAGGGACAUAAGGAGCAAGAGUAUUAAAAUGCCAGCAAGAGAAAUUUAGGUUGGAUAUUAGGAAGAAUUUUCUAAUAUGAACGUAAUUAAACAUUGAAACAGGCUACCUAGAGAGGUUGUGGAAUCUCCAUCCAUAGAACUUUAAGAAUAUGUUAAACAAAUGUUCAUCUAAAGUGGUUUAUAUUGAGGUGAUCCUUCCUUGGACAGGGAGUUAAACUAGAUGACUUCCUGUGGUGCCUUCAAACUCCACUUUUAUGAUUCUGAGAGGUGAGCUUCUUCCCCAUGGUCACUUUGUUUCACAAGGCUGUCCCUCAUUAUUUUCCUUCUGCAUGUUGAAGACAUUACUGUAUACAAGCUUGCUUGCCUGUUCUCUGGCAGAAUGACCAUAAGCAUAAACAGCAUCUUGUAAAGCACCAAGAGUAAACAUCUGGCUAGUGGAGCAAUAUGAGUAUAGUGGGUUGUUCCUUUCAAGACACUAAUAUUCUGCACUAGGUGAAUCUGCAUAGUCCUCUUCCAAAGGAUCAAGAAGUCACUGUGUCCAUCAGCCUCUUAGAGUGAAUCCUGUAAUGUGCCCAAACAUGUGCUCCACAAGAUCAACAUUUUCAGAAGACUUUAUUGUGAACACACAAUUUAAAAAUAUUAAGAUGCUUUCUUGAAUUAUGUUUGUGAGAAGUGCAUACACUGACCACUUUUCAUAUAUAAAAUGUAAUUGCAUAUGCUCAGUGGUCAGUCUAAUGAACCUGCUGCAGAUUAAGUAUUAUCUGGGCUCCUCUGACUCUUGGCUGCCAUUUGAGGGUUCAGCCAAAAGGUGACAGUCCUAUGAUAGCCCAGAGCAAAGUUGGAAGUUAGUAGGGAAGCAAGAGGCACCUAUUUACAGUGUAUGAGCUGUUAUUUUUAGUUACCCAUAUGUAGUCUGGUUUGUCUCAGUUUGAGAGUCUACAUUAAAUCAAUUCCUGAAUGAAGCACUGCUGGUUCAGGCUAAAUUCAAUCAAAACCAAAGUGAUGCUGGUAAGAUCAAGCUACCCAAGACAACAUCCCCACUUUUUACUGAAACUUUGCAGCACCACAGUGAUAUGAACCCUUUGUGCCAUGGGUGACUGGUGCCUCUUGAAUCAGAGGGGGCACGGGCCCCCUCUCCUCUCCCCCCCGACACCAGUCAGCAACCGGGGGGUCCUCUGGCGGCCAAUCCCACUGAUGGAUGGGGGGGCACUGGUGCCCCCCACAGCUGAUCUCACUCACCAAAAAGUGGCCAUGCCACUUCUGGAAGCGGCUCAGCUGCUUUUGCUGGUGGCCCUGCUCCCCAGCCGGUGCUCACAGGGGGGGCACUGGUGUUCCCGUCUGCCCCCCUGCCUGUGCCAGCUAAACGGGGAGCAUGGCCUAACGGGGUGCACUAACGCUCUCAGGGGGUAUGUGUCGCUACUGCUUUGUGCCCAAAUUUGUUUUUCACAGAAUGUUUAGAUAGCAUCAGUAUCUAAAAUCCCUUUAUUUCAUCUCAAGCUCAUCAGGACUCUUCAUACCUUCCUCCUGGAUGAAAUAUGACCACAAUGGCCCAUUCAUUUGUCAUUUCCUUGCUGUUUACUGGAACUCACUGUAUUUUAAACUGUGAAUACAAUAUCCAGACUCCAGUGUUUACAGUGUGUAUCUGACCUGCCUUUUCCAAAGCUGAGGCCACCAUGAGCCCAUGUCCAAGUCCUUGAUCUAGAAUUGUAGUCAAGAAACCACAUGAGAGCAGAGGACAAAGCAUUCUGUUUAGACAGAAUCUAGCUAUGAAACAUGCUUCCAAAUAGGAUCUGAGAAGAGCCUAAUCAACUUUAGAGUCAGAGGGAAAAGCAGCUAAUAGAGUAUUGUUACAUUGCACUGCUAAAUGUCUUCAUUUUAGUAAUACCAAGACACCAGUGCUAUUGCUAAUUCUGAAUUAAAUUAUGGUCAAAAGACUGCUGUGAAUAGUUAGUACCACACAAGACGCAUAAGGCAGUCUUUCCCAAAGGAAAGGGGAUGCAAAAGGUUCCAAACAUAGGAAUGUACAAAUCACAAUGGCAAUCAACAGCACCCCCCUACUUCACCCAGUGGUGCCAGUUCCUCUACUGCUAAGUGCCCCUGGCAAGGGGAAUUAGUAGCAAAUGGUAACAAGGGGAAGUGGCAGUGGCAGCUGAAGGAGGGAAGCACAAGAAUGCCUGACCUUACUGUGGUGGGGUGGGGUAUAAACCCACAAAGUUUGGAAAAUGCUGCCUUAAAGUAAUUACAGGGCAAGUGCUUGCUUAUUGUCUCAGUUCCUUUUCUCCGUGGCUUGUGAACCAGCACAGAAAAACCAGUAAGCUGUAUUUGACAAAGGAUUUACAUGUGCAUUCAGAAUGAAAACAAACACAUUGGACAAUACAAUCUGUUUAACUUUUCCCAUCAGAUCUAAACCUUGCACACACCGAACUUGAGCUCCAUAUCCAGAUGUCUCUAUAACUCUGCUGUAUAUUUAAUACAAACAAGCCUUUCCUUGGUUUUCCUUGGGACUUCAACUGCAGUAAUUAAUGGUUACCUGGCAUUCAUUUAGCAGUACUGUGACUCUUUGUAGACUCAGGAGGCUGAUAUAUAACAGCACCUAGCUCAUGCCCCAAAACUUCCCUGGUUCUUGGGAAUGCACUGAUGUUUUGAACCAAAGCAGUAGGUCUAAGAGUCAUGGUGACAUGUACAGAACCGUAACCUAAACAUUCUCCAGGACUCUGAAGUUCAUGCCCACUGUUUAUGAGAGAGGAUGUAGUAUUCUCCAUUUUCAUAUGUGCCAGUCUUGUGAAGAUGCUUAGGAGAUUUUGUCCCUCCUGCUGUCUUAUUCCGUAUUCAUUAUCUCAUAUUUUAUAGUAGAUCUUCAGAUAUAUAUGUGGUCUCCACUUCCGAAUGCUUAUCUUCCUAGUUUUUAUUUUAGGUGGAUAUUUGCAGCUGAGCUAUAUUAGUUUAAGCCAUUUGUUCUUAAUUUGGAAUGUUUAGGUAUCAGCAGCACACAAUGAUUUCACUAAUGAUCAGAUCAAAGUUUCAUGCUCUUCUGGAAGAAACAAGUGCUUAAACUUUUCUGUGUUUGGAAUUGCAGUGACUUCUUGUAUUGUAUGUAUUCAGUUAUUUCUUCCUAGUCAGUUUAUCUAAGGAACCAACAGUUAGCAUAGUUUGAUUUGAUUUCUAAUCAUGUGCAGUCCACAAAACAGAAUCAUGCUGUGCCUAGCCAAAUAUCUAAUUCUAAUAUUUGCACAUUACUGAAGUCUUUUUGGAACCGUUUAAAUUACAUUUCAGGUCUAUAGCACAAGAGUUAUAUAAGAUAUAUAAACAGAUUUGAAACAGAGAUGUUCAAAUUUAAAUUCCUUCAACUUAUAUUAAGUUGGAAUAUUUUAGCUAUAGAAUAAAAGGACAUCUCAGUGGAAAUGCAGAGCAACCCGCCUACCAAGCUGUUAUGUCCAGAUUCCGUGAGCUGCCAGUAAGUACUACUGUUAGAGUAAAAUCAGUUUUUCAUUGCUGCCAGCUUCACAAGUAACUGAAUAAUGGUUUGAAUCUCAAGUGCAAGUCUAUAAACAGUAAUUCCCUCAAAGUCCAGCUGAUUUUGUUCUUUAAACAAUAUCUGCUCAGCCAUCCAGGCUAACUCCAUAGCUCUACCUUAUAAGAUUCUAAAACUCAGGAAAGUCAGUGUAUAUAUGCCUGCGAGAUUCUCAGCUCUCCUUGUUCCCUUACUUUCAGUGCAGACCACAGUGUAUCUGUGUUCCCAGGAAAUAUGUUUUUAUUCCACUGAUUAUUACUGUCAAGCAUGGAUACUGGAAAUUAUGUUAACUGAAACUGAGGAUGAAGAAAAUUUAGCCCUUAGAGAUCCCUUCAGGGAUGCUUCCUCACCCAAUUUCCAAAAAUAGGUCCUUUCUUAGGAUGUCCUGGUAAAAUAGCAAAUUCUAAAUACUAAUCUUUCUAAAUAAAGUUAUUUUUAUACUAAAGCAUAUGCUACCUUCUAACAUCCUUUUAAAUAAUGAUCCUCUCUGAGGGUGUUACUACAUAACAGUGAGUCUGAAUGCGAUCCUAGCUCUAUGUUACAUGACAGUUGUUUGGCUUGGGGAUGUUUGUCCUGAAACCUGUAGUUCCUUGGUGUGCUGAAUAGGAUGGCUGAGGUUUUUUUGAAGUUUUGGAAGGAACAUGGAUGCCCAGUUCCCAUUCCAUAGGUCCUCUGAAAGAAGACCACCAUGGAGAGAGCAGGUGGCAAUAUCAGAAAAAUAAGAUCUCAUUCUUUCUAGCUUAAUUCUUUGUUCCAAUAGCCCUGAUCACCAGUGAGCCAUAUUAUAAAGCAGAGUUUUCUAAGAAAAUGAAGUUGCCUAUUUGGUCAUUUGCAUGUAAUUUUACUAAGUAAUUUCUAAAUUUUUAGAUCCGUCUUUUGCCAGUAACAGUGAUUAUUAGUGUGUUUAAUCCAAAUUUUAUAUAUUUCUACAAAUUUUGACUGAAUGGACCCUUAAGCAGUUGAUGUAACAUAAACCUUUGUCUGAAUAAUGAAAUCUUUGAUCAUCUCAUAAAUGUGUUUUUUGUCAUGUAAAAUCAUUGGAUAGAAUAAUUAUGAUUGAAGAAUUUAAUGCCAAAAAGGUUUAAGGGGCAGAUUUUCAGCUGGUAUAAAUUGUCAUUGUUCCACUAAUAGAGCUCUGCUGAUUCAUGUCAGCUGUGGAUUUGGUCAUUCAAUGUUGAAGACAUUUGCUUUAGAUAAAGUUUUGUCUUGCUAUAAAUUUUUGCUUUAUGGUUAAGUUUUGUUUUUCUUUGUUAUUCCAUUGUAUAUGCAACUCAAUAUUUCAUCUCAGACCUUGUAAAAUAAACUGUACACAGACAGUCUGACUAAGAAA